GUAGUCAAUAAAGUGUUGCCUCUCAUCGGUUUAUUAUCUAUCAUGUUAAAAUAUUUGUUUCAGUUUAAAAAUUAACUGUAUAAUUUGUUCUCAGAAAAAUAAGAAAACAGAGAUGCGUGAGUGCUCUAAUAUAAAAAUACCAUUUCAGGUUUAUAGUAAAUGAAAAUAUUGAGAGAAUAUUAAUAUCAGUUACUGAUGAUAGAUCUUAGAGAUGGUGUGGAUUAAAUUCGUUUUUGGACUAGGAUUAGUUUUUAUCUUAAUUUUGUUAUGGACGGCAUGGUCGCUCUACUCAAAAAGACGAAUUUUUAAAUUUGCGGAAAAUUACAAAAAUUCCUAUACGUUCUAUCCGAUUGUCGGAAAUUCGCUGAGUCUGAAAAACACUGAUAUGUUUGAGUUAUUUGUAAACAAAGGGUAUAAGAAUGGUCUUCCUACUGGAUGUUGGUUAGGACACAACUAUUAUUAUUUGCCAGAUGACACUGAAGAAAUGAAAUUAGUGUUGACAAAUCAGGAUUGCCUUGAUAAAGCAGAUUUCUACAAAGUAGUUAAAUUAUGUAUAUGGACUAGCAUUCUUCUAUUACCAGGAAAUCUCUGGAAACCAAAAAGAAAAUAUUUGGCGAAAAGCUUCAGUCUAACUACCCUUAACUCAUUUGUUCCCAUUUUCUACAAAAAUAGCCAGACUUUGAUCCAGAGGCUUAAAAAUAUGGGAAAUAAAGAUAUUUUUGAAGUUUGCGUUGGUUAUGCAUUCAAUGCAUUUUUAGAAACUAUGACAAACAAGAACUACAAUUUGCAAACAGAGGAAGGUGCCAAAGUGAUUAGGCAUAUUGAUCUUUGUCAAGAAAUAGCUGGAGAACAUUUUGUAAAUGGAACUUCAGGCAAUCUCUUCUAUUUUUUCUGCAUCUGGACGAAUAUUAUACAGGGUUUUCGACUGUAUACGUGUGUAAUUCUAUACAGAAUAUUUAUCCAACAGGUUGUAGCUGAAAAAGAAAAGGAAAUUAAAGAAAACUCACUAGAAGACACUAACAAAAUAUUAUUGAAUUCGAUAAUAAAUGCUGAUAAAAAUCUGUAUUCGAGGUAUGCCAUAAAUGACGAAUUUGCCACAUUUGCUUUUGCCGCAGCUGAUACAAGUGGCACUGCUUUGGCUUUCUUAUUGACUCUUUUGGGCAUGCAUGUCAAUAUUCAGGAUAAAGUUUAUGAGGAAAUCUUGAAGGAAAUAGGUUUGGAUCGUCUAAUAGAAGUACAAGAUUUACCCAAACUGAAAUAUCUGGAAAGAGUUAUUUUUGAAACUCUCCGACUAUUUCCAAUUGCUCCAGCAAUAGGAAGGCAUGCUACGAAAGAUAUAGAAUGUGGUACAAAAACAAUACCAAAAGGAAUAAAUAUAGUAAUAAGUAUAUUCACUCUGCAUCGUGAUGAACGAUUUUGGACUGAUCCUUUAAAAUUUAACCCAGAUCGAUUUCUACCAGAAGAAGUGGCAAAAAGGCCAUCGUUUUGCUACAUUCCAUUUUCUACAGGACCUCGGAACUGUAUUGGUAGAACUUAUGCAAUGAUGAGUUUGAAAGUUGUUGCUGCAAAUGUCAUCCGUCAUUAUAAGAUGUUUUCCAACUACAAAUCGGUGGAUGAAAUAAAUCUACGAUCAUUUGUAACCAUGAGAGCCAGACAUAAUCUGGACUGCAAAUUCACACCUAGAUGACAGAUGUCAAUAUCUUAUAUUUAUUAAAAUAUAUACAAGAAAAUAAUUUUCUUAUGCAACAAAAAUUGUAUUUUGUUUCCUAAAAAUUUCAAUUGUUUUAAAUAAAUUUAUUUAGUUUACCCUUGUAAGUUAUAACUUGGUGUUUAAAUAUUUAUACACUCACCGGCAAAAAAACCGGCCACU